CAGAACUCCCACAUCAGUGACAGCAGGAUCCAAGAUGGCGGCCGAGGGAGAGUACGAGUCCAUCCUGUGCGUGAAGCCAGAUGUAAAUGUUUAUCGCAUUCCGCCACGGACCUCCAACCGCGCAUACAGGGCGGCGGACUGGAAGCUGGACGCUCCAGACUGGUCUGGGCGAAUGAGAAUCACAGCCAAGGGCAAAGUGGCGUUCAUUAAACUGGAGGACAAAGUCUCAGGGGAGCUGUUUGCUCAGGCACCGGUGAAGGAGUAUCCCGGUAUCACGGUGGAAACUGUCAGUGACUCCAGCCGAUACUUCGUUCUCAGGAUACAAGAUGACAGUGGACGUAGUGCGUUCAUAGGAGUCGGCUUCGGAGACCGAGGGGACGCGUUUGACUUCAACGUGGCUUUGCAGGAUCAUUUCAAAUGGGUGAAACAGGAGAAUGAAAUCAGUAAAAAUGCCCAUCUCGGGGAUUCGGGGCCGAAGCUGGACUUGGGCUUUAAGGAGGGACAGACCAUCACGCUCAACAUCGGACAAGGUAAAAAGAGGGAUAAGCCACGUCCACAGAGCUCGGGAGGGUUCGGCCUCCUGCCACCGCCACCUGGAGGAAAGAUCGCUCCACCUCCAUCACUGAGCUCAUCCAAUCACAACAUAGACCCGCAGCCCGGAGACACGGCGGCAGGAUGUCUGCUGGAGCUGGACAGCAGUAACUCCAACACGGUAGUUCAGUCAAAUCCCACUUCAGACCUUCUAUGGGGCGACUUCUCUGCUCCUGCAAGCGCCGUUCCGCCUCCAUCACGACCUCAGAACUCCGGAAACUGGAUCCAGUUUUGAGCCGUCAUUGGUUACGUCAGUUGUGAUUUUCCGUCUCAUCUGCAUCUGUGUCCCUCCUACGCAUCAUUACACUAAGAGUAACUCAUCUCAUCUCAAAGCAAAGUCAAGAGCCACCACUGUGCUGUAGAAUUAUUUGUCAUAUUUCUCUAAAGUUGACACAAAAUUGAACAUUAAUGAGCUAAAGCCAUCCGAUUGCGGCACAUCUCUAAUACUAUUUAAGGGCUAAGUGUGAUGUCCUGAGUAGCAGGUGUUCUUCUUUAUGUAUUUGCAUCAGCACCCCAGUAGAUGGCGCUCUUAAGCUGGAUAAAGUCCUUUUUUUAAUUUGCUUCUGCAGCAGCGCCCCCUGCAGGCGUAGUAGAGUACUGCAGUCAAAGUUGCUUCCUGCAACCUGUUGAAAGUCAUACGAAAAGCUCAAAUCAAUGCAUUUUUAAAGGAUUACGAUUAAUGUGUUUGUGUAAUAUUGUUUGAUUGGCACUUUAAUUUCUAAGUUUUGUCUCUGAGCCUUUUUUGAACAUUUUUGAGUAAUAUUUUGCCAGUUUUCUGAAAGAACAGUGGUGUAAAGCGGUUGCCAUAUAGGAGGAUGAGUUGAGCCAAUCCUGACGGUUCAAAGCUCAUUCAUAGAAAUCUCAAUGAAUUCUUAUAAUGUUGGCCAAAUGUUAGUUCUCCAAGCACGGUAAACAGAGGAAACUGCCAUUAUUUAAUAUCUCUUUUUUACUUAAGUUGCCUUUUAUCACGUGUUUUGUUCAACAUCACAGAAAUCAAGAACAUUGCAGAGAAGUUGGUGUUUCUGGAAGGACUGAGCUUUACUUGAAGCCUGAAGAGAUAAUGUUUAAAGAAAUAUAUGGCAUGGAUUCUUAUAAAUCUAUACAUUUUAUGUUUACAAUGUAAAAUCACAUUUGUUUACGAGAGAGUACUUACAAUCAGCCGAAACAUUUUGUUGCAAUACUAACAUCAGCUUCCAAAACUGGUGAGCAUUCUUUUUCUUUUUCCAUUUUCACAGCAAAUAAGCUAAAAGAGUUUAGUAUUUCUUAUCCUGCACAGUUUCUAUCCAACUGUAGAUCAAAUCUACUUGGCUAAAUAAUUACAGGUCUGUUUACUGCAGUCGGUUGCAGUUGAUUGGAUCAGCAGGUAAAUCAAAGCUUUCUGCAGCUGCUGCAACACAUUAAUGUGUUAUUAAUGAAAUAAAUUAUAAUUGUGAGCAUGCAGUGUUGAUUCCUCUUCAACCAGUCUUGAUUUUAGAAAAAAAUUCUGAAAAUCAGCCCAAAAUAAAACGUGAUGGUAUAAAGAACUAUAGUUUAAUGACUAUGUUACGGAAUAUAUUCAUUUUGAACAAAAUGGAAGAAGUAUUUGCAGCAGAAUUACACAUUUUGAUCAUUUUACCAGCUUUUUCCUAUUUGGGAAAUGUGCAUGACAAUGCCUGCACUUUGCAAAAUAUUAAUAAUUGAACUACACUGCAAAAACUCAAAAUCUUAACAAGAAUAUUUGUCUUAUUUCUAGUUAAAAUGUCUCAUUUUUAGUCAAAAAAUCUCAUUACACUUAAAACAAGACUCAUC